CAUUUUACAGGAUUCGCACGCCAGGAUCCGGGGGGAGGUGGAAAACGCACCUUUAUGGCGCUUCCAUCGCAUACCGGGCGCACCACAGGGAAGGGAUCUGCCAAACGCCAGUAGUGCGGCGGCAGCGACAACCGACGGUGGUGUGUGAACAGUUUUGUAGCGAAAAUGUUGUCCCGAAAAAGGUUGCCCGUGACAAGCUGGGGAGUCUGUUUUUAAUCCGUUUUUUAACUGGUAAAUUCUGGAUCGAAAGUGCGCGCACUAAUGUGGAACGUGUUCGGAGCUGAGCCGAGAGCAAGUGAAACGCACCCGCAUGCCGUGAUUGACGCGGUGAUUUGAGGAAAAUCUCUGCCCAGGCUACUGCGAUCACAAAGAGGCACAGCAACAAGCGAAUCGCUUGCGUGGAUUUCGAGCGCACGUUGCAUAUGAUUUUAGCUGAUAUACGUAGACUUGCUUUUUUCUAAGGCUAGAGCUUGAAAUAAGACCAUCUCUGGGACGUAGCACCAUAACUUUAGAGCAUCAUGGGAAAGGAAUUGCUAAACGAUAGCUCUUUUUGCCAACAGUUAGGAGCGACACUGGUUCGCAAUUUUAAACUUAAAAUUAGAGACUCCAGGAAAACUAUAGCCGAAGUAUUUCUGCCCCUGUACACACUGGGCACGCUGAUCGUGCUGAAGAUACUGAUACCUAAUCCUAAUUUUCCCGCCAUCACCGAACCGCGAGGAGCAGCGUCACUUUUCGAACAUUUUCAGCACCACAAAGCCCACACCAUCGCAGUACUGCCGCAGCCAAAUUCAACCACGACGCAGCCGUUCCUGGAAGCAGUCAAUGAGCUAUGGCGAUCCAACCGACAUCACAGUGGUGGGGUCUACCCCAUCAACUGGAUCCUGUACGACUCCCAGGAGGAUCUGCUCUCUGCGUACUGGCGAGACCCGGACAAAAUGCCCCUGGCACUGAUUUUCCACAGCGACGAUCCGCUGUACGGUCAGCUGAAGUACGAAAUUCGUACCAAUCCAUCGUUCUUCGUAACGCCGUCGACAACGGAGCUGUACUCCUCGUUGGUCACGUGCAGACAAUCGGACAGCUACUGGUCGGCCGUGAUUCCGAUCGAAACCGGUGACUCCUGCCCGGUGAAUCAAUACUACUACUCGGGGUUCAUCGCCCUGCAGACGCUACUGGAUUACACCAAAAUCAAGAUUGUGACCCAAAACGACGACAUACAGAUACCUCACAUCACGCUGGAGAUGUUUCCCAAGGAAGCCUAUACGGGUAAUUGGAUGGUUGCGUUCAGACUAGUGAUACCGAUCUACAUGGUGAUGGCCCUGUCCCAGUUCAUCACAUAUCUGCUGAUACUGAUAGUCGGCGAGAAGGAGAACCACAUCAAGGAGGGCCUCAAAAUAAUGGGGUUGCGUGAUUCGGUCUUUUGGUGCGGUUGGUUCAUUAUCUACGCCGUUUUUGUCACCUUUCUGACGUUCGUUUCGGUGAUUUUACUCUUCUCGCUCGGAGUUUUCCAGCACACCAACUAUCUGCCGGUGUUCAUACUGAUAUUGCUGUAUAGCUUUUCCGUCAUACUGAUUGGGUUUAUGAUUACGCCGUUCUUCGAUAACUCGAGGACCGCCGGCAUCCUGGGCAACUUUGCCGUCAACAUCAUGUCGCUGCUGUACUUCCUGCAGGUGUUCAUCGACGAUACGCACACUUCGGCGGCCUUGUGGACCGUCUCGCUCAUAUCGCCCACGGGUUUCGCCCUAGCCAUGGACAAAAUCCUAGUGCUGGACAUCUCCGGACAGGGUGUCACGUUGAACAACCUGUGGACUGGGCCGGGUAUUCCCAUCGGGGGUUCCAUUCUGAUGCUGGUGGUGGACAUUCUGCUGUACGCCGGGUUGGCAUUCUACUUCGACAGUGUGAUACCGUCCGAUCAUGGAACCAAGCAUCGGCCAUGCUUCUGCCUGAGUCGUCACUACUGGUGCAAGAAGAAAGUGCCAAAGGUACCGCUGCUGAACGGUGAGUCGGCCAAUUCGUUCAACAAUGUGGACGAGCAGACGCGGGACGUGGAGCCGGUUUCGCGCGAAAUGAGAGGGAAGGAAGCGAUUAGGAUAGUGGAUUUGUACAAGACGUUCCACUCGUGUCGGAAGCCGGCGGUUAACGCGGUCAAUGGGAUCAAUCUGACGAUAUACGAGGGGCAGAUCACGGCCAUUCUGGGGCACAACGGUGCCGGGAAGAGUACGCUGUUCAACAUUUUGACCGGGUUGACGUCACCGACGUCGGGAACGGUGUACAUAUUUGGGUAUGACAUCCGAGAUCCGAACGACAUGACGAUGAUCCGGAGGAUGACGGGAGUGUGUCCGCAGCAUGAUAUUCUCUUUGAAACGUUGACACCGAAGGAGCAUCUGUAUUUCUUCGCGGCGGUGCGUGGAAUAGCCCCGAACUUGGUGGACUGCGAGGUGAAGAAGACCCUAAGGGAUAUCGAUUUGUUCGAUUCUGCGGAAACUCGCGUAAAGUACUUGAGUGGGGGCCAAAAGAGGAAGUUGUCGGUGGGAAUCGCGAUAAUUGGUGAUCCGAAGAUUAUAAUCUUGGAUGAACCCACGGCUGGAGUGGAUCCAUACUCGAGACGGCAUAUGUGGUCUAUUCUGCAGAACAGAAAGCAUGGGAAAGUGAUUUUGCUAACAACGCAUUUCAUGGACGAGGCGGAUAUCUUGGCCGAAAGAAAAGCAGUCGUAUCGAGAGGACGUUUGAGGUGUUGUGGAUCAUCGUUGUUCCUGAAGAACAAAUUCGGAAUCGGGUACCAUUUAACGUUGGUAUUGGAUUCGCAUGCGUGCGAAGUUGCGAUCACCAAGUUAGUGAACGAUCAUGUGCCGAAAGCGGAGAAAGCUAGACGACAUGGGAGAGAGUUGAGCUACAUUCUACCGCACGAUGCAGUGAAUUCGUUCGUUUCGUUGUUCGACGAUAUCGAGAACGAGAUCAAGUCGAAGCGUAUGAAACUUGGCAUUUGCUCUUACGGGGUGUCGAUGACGACCUUGGAGGAAGUAUUUCUACAUCUGGAAACUCAACGAGAAGAAGAACAGAAGGUGGAGACAGAAGAUGAUGAUGAGCAAGACAGUGGCUAUGCAGUGGAUAGCCUCAGUCGAAAAGUCAUGAAGAAUCGAGCUUUGCCGAGAAGUUUAUCUCUACAGGAACGGAGUAAUAGCUAUCAAUCGCUGAAAAAUGAUACGAAAAAUUUACUGGAGGAACAAAACCUCGAGAAUAAGACUUCAUUACCGGACAAUGGACUGGAUUUUGAUACAAUCAUACCAAUCAAUGGACUGACUACCAACGAAGUCGAGGUUGUUCAGAGUGCAAAGAAUUCGACGGGGACUUCUCCGAAUUUGAAGAUACAGCGAAAACGGCACAGUAGGUCCCGUAAUGGCGUGAGCAAAAGCACCAAGAGCGUCUACGAGGAUCCCGCCAAUAACUCAUCGUCGGUUGUGAAAUUGAACAGUCAAAACAAGACUAACUGGAUGGAUUUGGAGGACAUUGAGCUGAAGCCGUCUUGUAUGAACACCAUCGUAGCGUUACUAAAGCUUAGGAUAACAAUACUUUUUCGUGACAUUCAACGUCUCUAUCUGUUAAUCAUACUACCCCUAGCAUUUACUGCGUUAGGAUUGUACUUGAACUCGAUCCAGGUGAUUUCACCGGUGAUGCGUUCAAUACUCCUAGAUAACACAACGUACGGCAGCAAUAUUACCAAGAUAGCAGUACAUGAUAGUACCAAUAGACUGUUUUUGCAACACAACCUCUACCAUCAUCACAUGCAGCAACAACAGCUGCAACAAUCAAUACUGCUGCAACAACAGCAGCAACAGCAAUCAUCGCCAUCUCCUAUGCUGCUCCAUCAGAAGCACCAUCAACAUCAGCACAACGCUCAGCAGCAGUCCAAAGAAUCAUCAUAUCUAUACCAUCGUUUCAUUGCCGAACUGAAGCAAUCGUCGAAUGUGACGGAGGACUACAACGGAAACUUUUCGUUGCUUUUGGACAUUGCGCCUCACAUGGCCGCGUUCAACAUCAACUCAAUAUCAUGGACGAAUGUGUCAAUAACUACCUUGUACAAUGAUACCACUCAGCAUAGUCUACCAAUACUGUUAAACCUAAUUAGUAAUAGCCUGCUGCGUUUGUUCGCCGAGCACAGCCCGCCAUCGUCGAUCACACCGCCUGCUACGGUAUCGCCGGAAUCGAUCCUAGACAUCGAACUCCGCUCGCAUCCCUUCCAGCAGACGACCCAACCGCAGGAGUUCAACAUCGGAACCUUCUCGUCGGCACUGUUCGUCGGGAUGAUCUUUGUGCUCAUUCCGGUGUCGCUUGCCGUCGACAUGGUGUACGAUCGGGAAAUGAAGGCCCGCAAUCAGCUGCGCGUCAACGGGCUUUCCUCGUCGCUUUAUCUGUCCGCUUAUUUCAUCGUGCUGUCCGUGUUGAUGAUACUGAUCUGUGCCGCCCUGCUGGGGCUGGUGUACCUGUUCGACAUUCCUUCGUUCCGACAGCCACCGGCCCUUAUCACCCUAGGUUUGCUGGUGUUCCUGUACUCGCCGGCUGGUAUUCUGUGUUCGACGUGCUUUUCCUACUUCUUCGACCGAACCGACUCGGCGCAGUCCAUUCUACCGAACAUUUUAACCUUCGUGGGACUGAUUCCUUUCAUAUUGGUAGUGUUCUUAGAUAUGUUAGGAAUUGAGGUAAAAGCAGCGUUUGCCUUACACUUUGUGUUUUCGCUGAUCAACCCGAUGUACAUCCCGUACGCCACGGUGUACUUUGUCGAUCGGGUCUACAUCGCCUGUCAGCUGAGUUCGGCCUGUGCCGAGCUCUCGAUGGCCCACUACAUGACCGAGGAAAUGAUCGUGAUGGCCUGCGGUUGUUUGCUGCAUAUUCCGAUUUGGGCGUUCUGUCUGCGGGUGUCGGACGUGAUGAAGAGCGGCGGCCGGCUGCGGGAUUUGUUCCACCACAAGGCGAGCGAAGAAGAUGUUAUGGCGGAAGAUCAAUGCAUCGGAGAGCACGAGGACGAGGAUGUCCGGAACGAACGCUCAAAGGUGUUCCGGUUAACUACUCAAGAACAAACUGGACAAGUGGAACCGGUUGUCCUGGUCAAGAGUCUUCGUAAAGAGUUCUCGCAAGAUUCUCUGUGUGGCAACUGUUGCUGCUGUGCAGACGAUGAACCACCCCGGAAAAAGGUUUCUGUGCGUAGUUUAUCGUUUGCAGUAGACGCCGGAGAAGUUCUGGGGCUUUUAGGUCAUAACGGAGCGGGCAAGACAACCACGAUGAAGAUUAUGACCGGUGAAACGAUGCCUACGAGGGGGACGGUUCGUGUGGCCGGUCACAGCAUAACUAUCAACCAGGAUGACGCAUUUAAAACACUAGGAUAUUGUCCACAGCACGACGCUCUAUGGAAGAACAUUACGGUUCGGGAACACCUUGAGCUGUACGCCCGUAUCCGCGGUGUAACUAGGAAGGACAUGAACCGCUUAGUUAACACCUACCUUAAGGGUCUGCACAUAAGUGAGCAUGCCAACAAACAAACGCAACACUGUUCUGGAGGAACCCGUCGGAAGCUCAGCUAUGCAAUGGCCAUGGUGGGAUCCCCGAAGGUGGUUCUACUGGACGAACCAUCUACCGGAAUGGAUCCCAAAUCAAAGCGGUUCCUGUGGGACACCAUACUCGCUAGCUUCCACGGAAAACGCUGCGCCAUGUUGACGACCCAUUCGAUGGAGGAAGCCGAUGCGCUUUGUUCCCGGGUCGGAAUCAUGGUCAAAGGGGAAUUGAGAUGCCUCGGUUCGACGCAGCAUCUGAAGAACCUGUACGGGGCAGGUUAUACGCUGGAGAUCAAGCUUAAGCACAUCGAAAGCGUGUAUAGUGAAACGCCAAUCGAAAGUCAGCCGAGUAGUAGCCGAGAGCAGCUACAGCUGGAUCAGAACAGUGCGGAGAACAUCGGGCCGGUGCCGGUCAUUAGCAACUGCAUCGACAACCGAUCGAUGGCGCUGCGCAACUUUGUGACUGAUUUGUUCCCUAGUGCCACCCUGGAGGAGAGUUUCGCCGACCGGUUGGUGUACUCUGUGCCCCAGCAGGGCGUCAGUUCGCUGGCCGAGUGCUUCUCGCGACUCGAGAAAGCCAAAACGGAACUGGACAUCGAGGAGUACUCGUUCAGCCAAACCACCCUGGAGCAGGUGUUCCUCAAGUUUGCCCACUACGACGAGGAAACGUCCAGCGUGCAGUAGAAGGCCAGCUCGCCACAUGGAAGCCAUGUUCUCUAUCUAGUGCAGUGUAGCACAUAGUCGUAAUCAUUUAGCAAGUGCGGAGUGUGAACGAGAACGACGAGCGGAUGAUGCUUCUUAAAGAAAAAGCAGCAAAAAUACAGAUGUAAAAAGACAUUGUGCUGAAAAAUAAUUAUCUAGUCGAUAGGUAAGUUUAAUUGAAAAGCAGCACCCAAAGAGGUAAUUAUUUAAUAAUUAAAUUCUGAAGGUAUCUUACAAAGACCGGAAGGAAAACGACGAAUAAAAGUGAACAGCGCUAAAUUGAUUAACCCUUAAAAUAAAUUAAUUAUAAAUUAUUACAAUAAAGUGAAAUUACAAUAAGUCAAAAACCAAAACAACAAACCAAAAGGAAACCUAAAGCAGUGAGCGGGCAUCGAGGGACAAACCCAAAGAAGAAAACCCACGAAAAAUAUGUAGGCGGCGAUGUCGAACCAGAAGGAAGUAUUGAUAGAUGUAAACUAGCGAUUUAUGAACGGAAUUAUUCGGAGCAAAAAGGGCGUGAUUUAUUCGAACAAAAGACGACGUGAACAAGAAUUAAAACUUUGUUUUGCAUCUGUGAUUUAUUACGAUCGGUAAACCCAAAAGCGAAAUGAUUCAUUCCAAAAUUGAGAGAAAAAAUCAUUAAAAACUAGGAAGAAAAUAACAAAAAAAGUGGUUCAAAUAAAAUUGUGAAAUAA